AUGAAUAAAGUCAACUUUUUGACCCCAGACACGUCAUGUGUAACAAAGUUCACGUGCGCCAAGUUUGUGACGCUACAUAACCCUAGCCUGGAGUUUGUACCACUGGGGGUGGAGCUGAUAUCUGUCAACCGUCUGGAAUGUGUUCGAACCUGUGUCUUACGUAACCGCGAGUGUUCAACGGUCCGUUACAGUCAGACGUCACAAGUCUGUCGUCUGGGCUCAUGGCCGAGAUCAACCGCCGCCCCCACCCCUCACCGUGACACCCACACACAGUUGUGUAACCAACCAUUAAACUUUGAACUUUUAAAGAACGGAAGUGUCAGUGUGUGUGUUCGUGUGUCGCUGGAUCGUUUCAACUAUACUAGUGCAAGAGACGUUUGCAAAGGUUUUGGGGGAAACUUGUAUACUAUAAAAACACAGGAGAAAUUGAACCUAAUCGUUGCCAUAGCAACAUCUGUAAAUGCCGACCUGUGGGUGGGUCUCGACGAUAUGGAACAAGAAGGAAUCUUUCGGUGGGUGGACGAUGGAUCUCUCCUGUCUGAUGGAACAAGAAGGAAUCUUUCGGUGGGUGGACGAUGGAUCUCUCCUGUCUGA